AUGUCACGAAGUAAUGAAGGCAACGAUAAUUUAUAUUUUCUCGCAAUUAGGAAAAAUAAAGUUACUAUAUAUGAAUAUAAUGUUGAAUUUAGUAAAAGUAUAAUAUCUGAUAUCGAAGAAGAAAUAAAACGGAGUGAAAAUAUAACUAGCCAAAAUGAUGAUACUACUCAAAAAGUUGUCAUAAACAAUACAAACAAUCAUAUUACACCUUUAAAAAGAUCGACUAACAAAUUUAAUAAUGAUUAUUUAAUUAAUAGAGGUAUUAGUAUAUAUAGAGAAUAUGAAGGUGUGGAACUAGCUACUUGUACUCAUGAUUAUAAAAAAAUAAUACUUGUCAGAAAAAAUGAUCUAAAUGUUGCAGAAAUAAUUGAUAUAAAAACGGAUGAACAUAUUAGUUAUAUAAAAACUAAAACCCAAAUAAAAAGAAUUGUUACUAGUCCUCGAGAUUCUCAUAUUGUUUUACAUUGUCAAUACAAACCUGAUAUAUCAAAUAAAAAUCUGUAUAUAUAUAAAAUUGGUGGAAAAAAUAAUAAAAAAAAAAAAAAAAAAAAAGAUAGCAAAGAGACAGAAAACUUAGAAGAAAAUGAUCAAAAUGAAAACAAACAUAAUAAUCUUACAAAAACAGGUGAAAUCAUUUAUAAUGAAUCUUUAGUAUAUGAAAUGGCAUUAAAUAGUUAUAGUAAUAGUAAUUGGCCAUUUUUUAAAUGGACAGAAAGUGAGUCAAAUUGUUUGUGUUUAAUAAAUAAUCAAAUAUAUAUAUAUAAAGACAAUAAUUUUAAUGCUGUAUCUGAUAAAUUAAAAUUAGAACAUAUCGAAUUUUUUGAUGUAUCACCAGAACAAUAUAUUACGGAAAAUGGUGAAAAUAAUAAUGGAAGUUCAAAUAAAAGAAAAGUCUUUUUAGCUACUUAUGAAAGAGGAACUAAAGGGAAUUCUUCUGUAUUUAAAAUAUUUAACUUAGAUAAUUUAAGUAAACAUAUAUAUUCAAAAAACUUUUUCAAUUCAGAUGAAAUAAAAUUAAAAUGGAAUAAAAAUGGUACAUCAUUAUUAUUACAAAUACAUACACAAGUUGAUAAAGAAAAACAAUCCUAUUAUGGAUCAAGUAAUUUAUAUUUUAUAGACACAAUCAAAUUAAAAGAUGUUAAUAUUAUGACAAAUAAAGGUUUAAUAUAUGAUACUAUAUGGUCAUAUAAUCAAAAUAAGUUUUAUGUAUGUAAAGGUGAAAUACCAGCAGAUAUUGUUUUACAUGAUAAAAAUGGAAAUAUAAUUCAUUCUUAUGGUAAAUAUAAAUUUAAUACUCUAAAAUUAAAUAAUAAUGAAAAAUUAUUAUUAACAGGUGGGUUUGGCAACUUAAGUGGUGAUAUAUCAAUAUGGAAUACAAUAAGUAAAAAAGAAAUUACAAAAACUAAAUCUUCUUGUGCUGUUAUAUGUGAAUUUUUUAAUGACGAUAAGCACUUUUUAACUGCUACUACACAUCCUAGAUUAAGGGUAGAUAAUAAUAUAAAAAUUUAUAAAUAUAAUGGAUUAAUUGUUAGUAAAAUUGAUUUUGAUGAAUUAUAUAAUGUUAUUAUUUUACCUUUUAAUAAAAUUAAAUCUCAACCAAUUGAUAUUUCAAUAAAUCCAAAUUCAGAUUUACAAAAAUAUAUUAAUAAACAAUUAGGAAUUGAUUCAAAAAAAGUUGGAAUUUAUAAAGCUCCUGGAUCUACUGCAAAAACUUUUUUAAACGGCUUAGGAAUUAUGGCUAGACCUCCAAAACCAAAAUCUAAUCUACCACCCGGAUGUAAUUUUGUUGAUGACGAAAAAACGAGCAAAAAAAAAAAGAAAAAAAAAAACCCAAAAAAUAAAGAUAAAAAAGAGCCAUUUUAA